AUGUCGACAUCUUCUUCGCAAGCUCUCACUCUCUGGACGUCUUCACCAUGGGUUUGUGACCAAAGACCUAGUCAUCGUCUUUUCCCUUUCCUUCCAGUCGAAUCGAAUUUUUUCGAGAACUCUUUUCCGUCGUUCAGAUUGAAAGAGGCUCUAGAGUAUGCGAAGAGCGUUGAAUUGGGUGAAGAUGCGAAGGAUGCUUGGGUAUUUGAUAUCGAUGAGACUCUGCUUUCGAAUCUUCCUUACUAUGCUGAUCAUGGUUUUGGGUUAGAGGUUUUUGAUGGUGUGGAGGUUGAUAAGUGGGUUGACAAGGCUAUGACACCUCCAAUAGAGUCCAGUUUGAAGCUUUAUGAAGAGGUUCUGAAGUUGGGAUUCAAGGUUUUCUUGCUUACCGGGCGCAGUGAACAGCAAAGAGGUGUUACUGUUGCAAAUUUGAUCAAUUCGGGCUUUCAGGAUUGGGACAAGCUCAUAUUGAGAGCAACUGAGGACCAUGGGAAGCUAGCGAUAAUAUACAAGUCGGAGAAGAGGAAUGAGAUGGUGGAAGAGGGAUACCGGAUUUUGGGCAACUCUGGAGACCAAUGGAGCGAUCUUUUGGGUUCAUCAGUUUCCAUCCGUUCGUUCAAGCUCCCAAAUCCCAUGUAUUAUAUUCUCUAAUUGGACA